AUUUAUAUUAUAACAGUAUUAUUAUAAGAAAUUAAAAUGGAAGAAAAAAAUGAUAAAAAAUAUGUACCAGGAGAUGGCAUCCGUUCUCUUAAAAGUUCUCCAUUGUUUCGAGCUGUUAAUUAUGAACUCUACGUUAAGCCAAAUAGUAUUAUAAUGGCUUUGGGUAUAAUAGCCAUGACUGGAUGUGCAGGUUAUAUAAUAUAUAUGAGAUCAAAAUAUCAAUCAAUGGGAUUUUAUUCUGCCAUUGAAGCCGAUGGUACAGAAACUUUUAAAAAGAAAGUAUCAAAAUGGACAGUAUGAUGCAAUUUUAAUUCUUUAGCAUUA